AUGGACCCUGGCCAUCGAUUAACGCUAGAGACUGGCUACGAGGCCCUGGUCCGCGAUGGCUACAAAGCAAACACUUUGAUGAACAGCCGUGGGGGCGUGUACGUUGCCAAUCCACCUCCUUCAGAGUGGAGCAUGACGCCAAAGGACAUCAUUGGAGGUGGCGUUUGCGGUGGCGGAGGAAGCAUUGCCUGUGGUCGCUUUUCCUUCGUACAUGGCCUGAAGGGCCCAUGCAUCAGCAUAGAUGUGGAGGGAGCAUCGUCGCUGGUGGCUGUCAACUAUGCCAGUACCAAUCUGUCUCGGACUGGCAACUGGGAUCCAAUCCCUUUUGCUCUUUGCAACUCUUGGAACCUGCAGCUCAGCCCAGCGUCCUACAUCCAGCUGUCUGCAUGUAGAUUCCUUUCUCCGCAGGGACGAACUUUCGCCUUCGAUGCAUCAGCAAGUGGAUAUAUUCGCGGUGACUGUGUGGCAUCCAUGGUGCUCAAGGCACUAGAGGUGGAGGACGGCGAGGUGAAGAAUGAAGACCAAGUCCUGGGUCAUUUGGCCGGCAGCGCAACCAACCAGAGUGGCAGGAGAGUUCACAUGGCAGCUCCCGACUGUUUGGCGCUUCAAGAAGUGAUCCAUGAGGUGGUUCAGCAAACCCAGAUUUCACCCUUGGAUGUUGAUGCGGUGGAGAGCUACGCCGAUGGAAAGAUCCUGGAUGAUUGUCUUGAGGCAACUGCCCUUGCUCGGGCCUACCGCCCGCAGGGCACCCUGCACGCCGAUGGAGCAGCUCCUUUGGGGAUUGUGUCGAGCAAAUCUGGCGCGGGCAACCAGCUGGAGGCCAUGGGUCUGUCGCAAAUCAUCAAGGUCAUUCUCGGGGCCCGAGUGGCCUCGAUUCAACCCACGCCACAUUUAAGGAUCGUGAAUCCACACGUCGAUCUGGAAAUGUGUGAUCGGAAUGCCAUGCUUCCAAGUGAAUGCAUCAGUUAUCGUUUGCCCUCUACCUUCACUGGCAUUUUGAAUCGAAGCAUAGGUGGCACCAACUGCCAUUGCAUCAUGUUUGCCAAGGUGCCGGAGCAGACGUACCAGAAGCAAAAGGCAAUUACGUCAUCAAAGCAGGAGCUGAUUCAGCCAUUGCUAUUCUGGCCCAGUGGAGGCGGUGAAUUGGCUGAAGAAAUGCUCCCAAAGAUGGGCUACAGCAUCAUGGGCACGUUCAACAGGUGGCGUCCUCAACCCAUGGAGAACAAAGCUCCAGGGGUCUAUGUUUUCACCAUCAUCCUCAGCGAGAACAGGUGGGAGCGCUUUCAAAUUGCAUUGGAUGGCGAACCCACUCGAGUUCUCCAUCCGGUCUUAACAGAGGGCGACAAGUGCUGUCCUGUUGCUGGACCUGAGGCUGCACUGCAAGUGCUGAGUUGGCAGAUCGAUGGGCGGCCCAAAGGACCUCGCUUGGUGGAUGCUGGUGCCGAUGACGCGAGACAAGUACCUGGUGGUGGAUGGCAGGCCAUUGCUCCAGAUGCUCUUCGUGAUGUGGAUGCCGAUCUCCUGGCUGUGCCUGGAGAUAGGUUCCGCAUCCGUUUGCAACUGCAGGGCCGCUGGCGCAUGGUCGAUUGGGAGAAGCUUCCGCAGGCAGAGAAGGAGGACACUCCGGCCGAGAGAGCCUUUGAAGCAAGCCUCACGGGGCUGGUUGGCACAUACCAGGUGGCCGGCAGCUGGAAUCUCUUCGAUCUUCAGGCCGGGUUUGGACAUAUUGAUGCCAUGAGUUGGUCCAUUUGGGUCAAGGGACGAGUUGACUCGUGGCGCCAUGCUUCGCCUUGGGCUUCCGGCGAAGUCCGCAUGGCGGGACUUCUCGUCCGCAGCCGGAGACUGGGAGUGACAGCCUUAGGCCUCGGGCUGGUCACCUCUUUCGGACAGAAGGCCCAAAGAUCGCAAGUAUCCUGCGAAGACGAGCCUGAGCUAGCCUCGCUGGUACGUCGCCUGCCCUGCGGCCUGCGGGUGCUGGACCAAAUCGACUGGUGGGAUGCUGCACGAGAGUUUAGCACGGCUGGGAAGUUGCGGGCCCUGCUUCAGUUGGGGGGAGCCACCUUCUACGAUGCCGAGGGCUACUUUGUGAAGACGCCCAUGGUGGCAUUGGUGGCCAUAGGAGGCCUUCCAAUAUGCUCCGAUGCAUCCCUGCACUUGCGCUUGGGAGAUGUGAAAGUCCCAGUAGCCUUGGAAAACAUUCGUGCUGCAUUAAGAAGCCAAAUGGGAAUGACUGCCAUGUUCUCCUACCUGAAUCGUAGAGGUCACGACCCCGAGGAGAUGUGGAAAGUCGUUGCCAAGCUGGGUCACUUUUCAGUGGGUCACACUGCCCAUUUGUCAUUCGUGCUGGUGGGACAUAGCUGCGCUGUGGAGAAUGAGUUCAACAGUCAACGCGACGUGGUUCACUUGGGCCGUUUGACCGUAGCACGAACGCGCUCACAGAAGGAUCCUCCCUUGGUGGUGCAACGACCUGAACUUCUGCCAGUGUUCAAAGAUAUCCGGAAGCAAGUUCAGGCCGCCAUCCUAUCGAAAGUUGCAGACAGGGAGAAGAUGGAAAGCAAAGAUAUUUCCAUUGGAGACUGGCAAGAAGCCCUGUACGUUGGUUGGCCCGCAGCUAAAGCCCAUGUGGCCGUCCUGACGGGUAGCUUGAGGAAUCUGCAGAAGCUGGUGACCAGCAUUGACGAUGAUGGGAAGGAAACUGAGUAUCGUGCUCUUCUGUGGCAGAUUGCUGUGGCGUGCCACCUGCUGCUGCCCGACAUGUUCGAGGACCCUUCAGUGAAGUUUAAGUGGCGACCCCCUCCACACUUGCUGCCGCCGGAGUGUGCCCAAGUCACUGGGUUCUUUGGGAGCGAUGCGAUUCUGCAGGUGCUCAUCGCUCGAGAUGGGGAACAGCACUUCCACUUGCUGCGGAACGAAGACCGCAACCAGGUCAUUGGUCCUCCUGCUUCAUCUCCAAGACCUGGCAGUGCCAUUUUGAGUGCCUGGAACCAGCGGAGCCCGCUCAACAACUGGGUUUUCCACGCACUGGCUGGAGAUGUCUUCAAAAUUGAGUUUGAACGAACAGCCGAGCAGAUGCAGGUGACGUGGAGUAAGAUCCGCACUGGAGAUAGCGUGCCAGAGGAAUUGAUUCAGAUGCACUUGAGAAAACGAUACAUGGUUAGGUUUUGCUUCGACAGCUGGAGCAAUGACUUCUAUCAGAUGUCGUGGGCAGGCGAGUACUACCAGCUUUUUGUGGAGCUCAACGAACUUGCGAAGGCAAGCUUCCUUAUCUACGAGGAGGGCAAUCCGUCUCGAUGCCUGCACCCCUCCAUCAGAGAUGCCCAUCCGCUUCUUUCGGACUACCAGCUGCAAGGUCCAACGACGUUGGAAGGUGAAAGCCUUUUCUGGACCAUUGGCGCCUCAGAGGAUGACCAUGCUGCCCUUGGACGCCGCUACGAGCUACGCUUGCGGAUGGACGAAGAGGGCAAGGUGCCGAUGAAAGUUGACUGGGUGCCAGUCAAGUCUACUAAGGGCCUGGAGGCGCCAGAGGCCGCUGCGCCUCCCGCGGCCGCGGCGCCCGCGGCCGUGUCGGGCGAGGCGAAGGAGUCGUCACCGCAGUCGGUACCGGAAGCAGAUCCGGCGUCCAGCGAGGCAGCAGAAGGCGAUGGAUUGCUUGGAAGACUGCGGGACCGCUGCGGAUACUUUGGAGACAAAGUGGCGCCUACAGUUCAACGAGUUGCUGAGAUGGAGUCAGUCCAAAGGGGCUAUGAGAGGAUAAAGGAGGUAUCCCACAGAGUUGCGGAGAAUGAGAAAGUCCAACAAGGCGUCGAAAAGGUCCAAAAAGGACUGGAAGUCGCAAAGGACACAGGCAAGGUAGUGAUGGAGAAAACCCAGCAAGGCAUUGAAGCGGUUAAGGAGAAAACUCGGGAGUGGCGUGCUGGUGCUGGGACGGCCCUUGCCUAA